AUGAAUUAGAUGAAUUAGAAUCUACUACCAAUGAUAUUUUUGAAUUUUAUAUUCAAGUAAAUUUUGGUGAAAAUAAUUAUAAUAUAACUUUAAAUGAAAUUGCCAAUAUAUUAUAUCAAGAAAUUGAAAAACAGGAUAGAUUUAAGUGGCA